AUGGCGGGAGAUAACGACCGCCAAGCCAGCACGGGUGAAGCAGCCAAGAGGACAAGAAAAGGUAAAACGCCACAACGAGUACAAAUCGACGAAGAGGCCACUGACGGUAACGAAACCGAGUAUUUUGACAAUGAGGAUGAAGGAGGAUCAGAAUCGGACGACGAUGACGACCGAUACGAUUACCACACCUUGGCCAAAAUCUUAGAGACGGUUCCCAAGCUCACGUCACGCAACUACUAUAGUUGGAGCACACUCAUCAAGGCCAACCUCCGAGUAGUCCCUCAUGCCACACGACACUUAGAGGGCACGUACGAUAGAAACCACCUGAAAUGGAACAGAACUUUUGACAACGCCCUAGUGGGUGUCCUACGAAGCACCUUAGACACCGAAGGAGAGUACAACGUCCUUUACCUCCUACUCGACAUCAGCAAGAACCACCUGACCUGCCAUCAAGCUUGGAAGAAGAUCGAAAGGAGUCUUACCAGCGAGGCAGCCAGAGCCUCGCGACGGAUAGCAUUACUUGCCGAGCUCAAUGAGACAAAGAUGUUUCAUGCUGAUGCCCGUAAGCUAAUCAAAGAGAUCAGGGUCAUACAGAUGGAAACUAGCCUCCUAGGUGCCCCAUUUAGUAAUGAUGCACUAUAUUCUGCGCUCCAGAGGUGCACGAUUCGACACCCGGUCUACAAGGAGACAGUCGCCACGGUUCACCAGGUCAGCUUCGAUGCUCUAGCAACGGCGUUGACUACAUGCCAAUCUGCAAUAGAGAGUGUACCCGGUCAGAAAGUGGACCCAUGUCAAGCAAGCGCUAGAAUCGCUGAGGGAAACGAAGAGCAGGCCGAAGACACUGAGUCGGACACGGGCAGUACGAAAACCAAAUCAAAGAGGAUUCGUUGCUGGGUAUGCAAGCGAUAUGGACAUGGUGCCAACAAAUGUGAUGCUUCGGUAGCCAUCCCCGAAAAUUCCCCCCUCACCAAGACCAACUAG